AUGGCCUCAUCGAUAAGCAUGGUAUUCUCUUGUCGUGGCAAAGUGACGAAUGCUGCAAAUGGCAUGGUGUUGAGUGCAGCAACACCACUGGCCAUGUCAUCACCAUCAAAUGUGAUGGUUGUCAAUUGCAAGUUAGGGAACCUUACCCAACUACGCUCACUUGAUCUCUCACACAACUCUUUGAAUUCCAUGUUUCCUUCGAUACUUGGUUCUAUGUUCGAAUCACUCGAAAAACUGGUCUUGUGUUAUAAUCAAUUCAAUGGAACGAUGCCAGACCUGAGAGGAUUUCCUUCAUUGAGAAAACUAAAUCUUAGGGGAAAUAACUUUACAGGUUCCAUUCCUCUAUACAUUAGUCAACUCUCCAUGCUUCAAGUUCUAGAUCUUUCUCAUAAUUCUUUGAAUGGUUUAGUUCCUCUAAGCAUUGGCCAACUCUCCAACCUUCAAGUUCUAUACCUUUCUCGUAAUUCUUUGAAAGGUUUAGUCUCUGAAUCCCACUUCUCCAAGCUUGAUAUGCUAAAGUCACUAGAUCUAUCAUUCAAUUCAUUGAUCUUGGAUAUUUCCUUGAAUUGGACUCCUCCUUUUCAGUUGGAUAAUAUACAUUUAGCCAGGUGCAAUGUGGGCCCAUAUUUUCCAAAAUGGCUCCAAUCUCAGAGGAGUUUGGUGUACCUUAAUCUAGAUGGUGCAAAUAUAACAGAUGAAGCCCCGGAGUGGUUGGGAAACAUGUCUCCUCUACUAGAGGAAUUAUCUCUCUCCUACAAUCAAAUAAGUGGUACGGUUCCGAAUCUCUCAUCCACCUCCAUUUGGUAUAUGGAUCUUAGUUACAAUCAAUUCUCAGGCCCUAUACCAUUAUUUCCUACCGAUGCUUACUUUAUUCAGUUGCGAAGAAAUAUGUUUUCUUCUUCAAUUUCAUCUAUUUGCAAAACUCCCCGCUGUUAUCUUGAAUACUUUGACCUAUCAAAUAACCAGUUUCCAGGAGAGGUUCCCAAUUGCUGGGACAAAAUGCCGCACUUGCGAUACCUCAAUCUAGCUAACAACAGUUUCUCAGGUGUAAUUCCCGACUCUCUUGGCGCUCUACGUAACCUCAGUGUACUUCAAAUGCAUGGUAAUAAUUUUUCUGGUCCAUUGCCUUACAAUUUGAGACAUUGCGAAAAAUUGAAAUUUAUUGAUGUUGAAGGAAACAAGUUAACGGGAGAGAUCCCCCGUUGGAUUGGCCAGCUGUAUGAAAUGGAAUUACUGAACCUUCGUGGAAAUAAGUUGAAUGGCACGAUUCCUAUUGAGAUAUGCAAUCUCACUAAUAUUCAUGUUCUAGAUUUGUCGAUAAAUAGCCUGUUUUCGAUAAUACCAGAUUGCUUCAACAAUUUCACUGUCUUGGCCAGUAAUAUCGCGUAUGAAAAUUUAAUUACUUUUGGAACACCGCACGGCAACUAUGAAAAGUGGGAGUUUGAAUAUUCAACAUUUCAAUGGAAAGGUACGGAAUCAGAAUACAGGAGAAAUCUUGGGCUUCUCAAACUUAUUGAUUUUUCGAGCAAUAGAUUGAUAGGGAACAUUCCCAUAUCAUUUUCCAAUAUGAGGUAUUUAAAUUCCUUGAAUCUAUCAAGAAAUAGUUUAACAGGAUAUAUAAUUCCAGAUAUUAGUAAAAUGGAGAUACUAGAUUCUCUUGAUCUAUCUCAUAACCAACUCUCGGGAAAGAUACCUUUAAGUUUGGCAAAAAUAUAUACUCUUGGUGUUCUUGAUUUGUCGAGCAACAAUUUAUCUGGAAAAAUUCCAAUGGGUACUCAACUUCAGAGCUUCAAUGCAUCGUCAUAUGCUGGGAAUGAUGUACUAUGCGGCGACCCUCUACCAAUGUGCCCCGAAGAUAGCUUGAGGCCAUCCACCACUAAUAUGAGGGAAAACAUGAAUGAGAACUACGGAAGCAUCUUCUCAUUUAUGCAAGAAGUUGCCAUAUCAAUGGCUUUUGGUUUUAUCUUUGGAUUUUGGGGAGUUGUUGGCUCAUUCAUACUGAAGAACUCAUGGCGAAUUGCAUUCUUCAAUUUGUUGGAUGCCGUUGGAGAUUGGUUCUGUAUUAGGAUUGCCGUGUUUGUAUCCAAAUCGAGACGAAGCUGA